AUGCACCCAGUCCAAAUGGCUUUGAUGAAGAGAAUGUCUCAGUUCACGGUUCCAAGGGCCAUGGUCGAAAGUCAAGAUCAUAAUGAUUUCAACAGAUCCGCCAUGUUGAUGCAAUUCCUCCAUCGUCGUCUUCGUGAGCAAGGCUGGCUCUUGCCCGACCCUAAUGCGUCGAAAAGGUCAAUCCUCGGCCUGACUGUACAAAAAGCUGGGAGUGAGAUCCAAGAUACCACACAAUACUUAGCGGAACCAGCGGGACUUGAUCCUGUUUUGAUGCAGUUCGCGGCCAAGCUGGAUGUUGGAGCCUUAGUCACACUCUCGUCGAACAUUACAAGCUACAUGUUUGCCCAAGUGGAUGAUGACGCUUCAGAAGUACAGCUCAGUCCCCAUAACAUCACUGUGCCGGUGAUAAAUUGUAUAUCGGAUCUUGCAAGCAGUCGUCUUGGUGUUACGAGACGAGACUUCUGCUGCCUUGUCAGGCAAGAGAGAGUGGUACUUGCGUGGACCAACCAAGCCGAUCAGCUUUUGGUACAUGCCGCCGAUGUUGAGAGCAGGAUCAUGGGCUGUAUAUGGGGCGCAUCGCUUCCUGAAACGCCUGGUAGACUUCCAUUCGACUACAAAUCUCAUGGAGGGACACCAACGUAUACUGGCGCUCAUAGCACCAUUGCGGAUGAGAAGAAUCUGGCCGUCAUUGAUAACAUCGAUCUCGGCGCUGAAGACGAAGUUGACGACGAAGAAUCUAUGGAAGCGCCACCGAGGGCUUACCUCCUCACGCAAUCUGUUAUGAUUGGACUUGCCAUCGCGCUGCUAAUCGUUAUCGAAGCAUUUCCCGUUCGUCUCAUGGUCGUCCAGGCGAAAGCACUCGGCUCAGUAGCGUACAAAAAUUUGGCUUUGGCUGUCACCAUCCCGAUUUUCGCAUGGUUCACCUUGUUCUUCGCAGUUGUCGUGAUCGGCAUGCUGUUCCAGCUGCUCGGGCCCGUUGACGCGAUCAAAUCUGGCAACAGUCACUUCUACAGCAGCCGCCCACCAAGCCGUAAAAGACACCCGAACAUCGAAUGGCCCCACAUCACCGUACAAAUGCCCGUAUACAAAGAAGGCUUGAAGGGUGUAAUCAUUCCUACUCUGAACAGCAUCCUUGCGGCUAUCCGACACUACGAGAACCUCGGUGGUACGGCAAGUGUUUUCGUCUGUGAGGACGGAAUGCAAGCUGUCAAGCCUGAGGUUUCUGAGAUGCGCAAGCAGUUUUACGCUGCAAACUCCAUCGGGUGGUGUGCCAGGCCCGCCCAUGGCAAAGACGGCUAUGAGCGUGCUGGUAAGUUCAAAAAGGCAAGCAACAUGAACUACUGUCUUUCAUUCAGCUCUCGCGUCGAGGACGAGAUGUUGAGACUUCUCAAAGAGAAAGCCCAGCUGUCCAACAGAGAUCCUGAAAGCUUUACCAUUGAAGAGGAGGAAGACCUUUACAACCAAGCUCUUGAAAACAUGCUCGAAAAGGAUGGUGGUAAGACAUGGGCUGCUGGUAAUGUCAGAAUGGGCGAAAUUAUCCUCAUCAUUGACUGUGACACUCGUGUGCCAGUUGAUUGUCUCUCGCUUGGUGCCAUGGAGAUGGAAGAAAGCCCUGAAGUUGCCAUCAUUCAGCAUGCCAGUGGAAUUAUGCAGGUCGUCUGGACCAUCUUCGAGAAUGCUAUUACCUACUUCACCAACCUUGUCUACACUCUUAUCAGCUUCUCUGUAGGCUCUGGGGACUGCGCUCCUUUCGUCGGUCACAAUGCGUUCCUGCGAUGGAAAGCCAUUCAAUCAGUGUCUUUCAUGGAUGGAGAUCAGCUUAGAUUCUGGUCUGAGGACCAUGUAUCAGAGGAUUUUGACAUGUCCUUGCGCCUUCAAACUGCUGGAUUUGUGGUGCGCCUUGCUACCUAUGACCACGGCGAGUUUAAGGAAGGCGUCUCCCUUACAGCUUCCGAUGAAUUGCUGCGAUGGGAGAAGUACGCAUACGGCUGUUCGGAACUAGUAUUCAACCCCGUCUACCAGUGGCUAUGGAAAGGCCCCUUCACCAAGCUGUUCAUUCGUUUCCUUACCUCAAACAUGAAAGUCUCAUCCAAGGUCACUAUUCUCGGUUACAUCGGCACGUACUAUGCUAUCGCCGCUGCGCUGCCGCUUUGCUUGGCCAACUACCUCCUCUUUGGAUGGGUUGGCAGUGAGAACCUCGACCACUCUUACCUUCCAAGUUGGGACAUUCUGUGCGGUACACUGUUCAUAUUCAUGAUCGCCAGUCCCAUUUGUUUUGCGUGGUUUCGUCAUAGGAUAGGUCAGAAGAUGUUCGUGUGGGCUGUCCUGGAGUCUUUCAUGUGGAUGCCCUUUUUCCUCAUUUUUUUCGGAGGCUUAUCAUGGCAUAUCUCAUAUGCACUCCUGGCCCACAUGUUCAAUCUCCCUAUUGGGUGGAGCUCAACAGCGAAGGAGGUCGAGGCUACCGGUCUCGUCUUGGGAAUCGGUGCCAUCUUCAAACAAUUUCGUUGUGUCUUGGUUGCUAUGUUCCUGCUCACUGGUGGUGUGAUAUACCUCGCUGUUGGAGCUCCAGCCGGGUGGACGAUCACUUCCUGGCCCAAUAUCCUUCCGCUGGCUUUGCAGAUUGUUGGGCAUCGGCGCAUCAACCCGCUCUUCAGGAAGGAUCGGCAAGACAGUCGAGGUUUGACUGUAUUUGGCUACAAUUAA